CACACACCAGUCUCACAUGCUCCAAUUGUAGGAGUUACAUAGAGUUAACGUCGCCCGCGCCUAAGCCAAAGCCAAUUGAAAACGAACGAACACCAAAUUAAUUAUCGUUCAGUGCAAACCUGAUGGUGAAACAGGACUUACCACAUCGGUAUGUCCUAGAAAGAGUAGGAAACCAAGAGAGCGCGAGUUAGAAGUCUUGCCUCAAACCUAGACUAAUUAAUGUGUGAUUGAACAUCCCACUUUUGUAGUUAUUGUCAGCACCCAAUUCAUGUUGGCAACGUUCCCAGGCUGUGUUCAUCAACUUGUUUCUCUUCAGGAGUUCUUGUCGCCCAACCUUCACGCUAAAGCUCAUACUAUGCAUGGGUGAUGGUAAUUUAAGUUUCGAAUUCAUGCACUCCAUGUGGCAGAGAUUAAUUAAAAAUAAGCAAAUCUGUUGAAUGCUAAGCAGAUGUGGUCAUCCGUUGUUAUCCGAGACAGGUGGAUCAUGCUUGGUCUUUAUCUCUUUGAGUCACCUAUCUUUAGUUAGACACGGAUGUUGUGUGAAAAUUCUCUACCAAGUUUUCAAGUUUAAUCAAAGAUUGUACUAACGUGUUACAUCUCUAAGCUUCAGUUCUUUUGUGAUGGAUUUCUGCUCAGGUUCAGUGACCACUGGGUAUCUUGAUCAUCAACAAGAACGAGUAACCACCACCGAAUCUGCGACUGGUAGCAUCGAGAUAAAGUCGAAAUCACUUCAAGGCAGUGCUGUGGGAAGUCCAAAGAAGCAGGGACUGGCAAAAAUCGACAUCCGAGGGGAAAGAACACAAUUAGCGAACCAUGUUCCUUUUCAGUCCCAGCAUGGGGUUUUGUUACCUCAAGAAACAGGGCGUAACGAAAGUGGUCGGAACGCACGUAGUCAAACAUGUGCUAAUAGGAGAGACAUUCUACGCAUUACUCAGCAGCAGAAUGCAGCUGAUGUAUCUGGUCCGAUUAGUCUCGGACCUGGGGUAACUAAGUCUACACAUCUUUUUCCAGUUCAAACGAAGCGAAAAGGAAUAUCGCCUGUUAGAGACUCCUUUGAGCGCGCGGAGCUCAACACUACCAGUAAUGAAGGAGGUGUUUUGAAACAGCAGCGUUUGAAGUCCCCCAACAAGUGCUGGACGUUAAAACAAAAUGUCGGUAGUGAUAAGAAAACAGCAAAGCGACAAUAUAAUGUAUCAGAUGAUGACGAUAUCGCACGGAGAUGGAGCACAAGGGAAAAGGGAAUUGUGAAUGAGAAUCGCACUAAUGCUUCUCCAAGUAAAAUCCGCCAUCGUAUGCUAUUAAUCCAAGAGGCUGCCGAAGUUGAAAAGCAAAUGGAAGUUUACAACGAAGGAAUUGCCUUUCGCUGCAGAAGAGCAAGGCAACAUAGCUCUACGCAAGACGUCAACGAGCAUCUUGAGACAAAGAGAUCAUGUCAACGACAUGAUUCUCCAACUGUCACCCGACCUCCCUUCAUAUCAUCUGGAACGUUAGGGUACAAGAAAUUAGUCACCGGACCGAUGAUGCAGGCUCGGCCUUGCAAGCCAACAGGUAUAGAAAGCGAGAGCAAAGGAGGUACCGACAAAGACAAGGAUCCACUUAUUCAAAGUGUGAGGGAGAGCUUCAAAGCUCAACUUCCUAACGUCCGCAGAGGGUCAGAAUUGGACAGUGAGCAGAAAAUCAUGGAAGCAAAUGCUCAUGUUUCUCCUCUAAGAGAAAGACAUCGGCUGUUGUCUGAUGCAUCCACAAAAGGCGUGUCCAGAAUAAUCAACAAUUGUUUGCAGACCACCAGAUGCUCUGCUUGUACUUUAAGUCCUCGGACUGGAACUCCGAUUCCCCAAGAACAGCGCAAAAUACUAAAACAUUUUGGUAGAUCACAGAAAUUGGCAGCUCAUGAAGACCAGAUGAACGAGGAGCAUGGGCUUUGGAAGGAUUCUGCUUCAAGGGGGGUUGGUAGAGACCCAGGGUCCCCGAAGAGUAGGAGAAAAGACAUCAGAUAUGAAACAGCGACGUGGAGAUGUGUUGCCGAUGAUCAUAUAAUUCGUGGAACCGGUAAACCCAGAGAAGAAAACUCAAGGAAGGGCGAAGGUUCUGAACCUCAGGAAAAACAUGUUCAGGGGGCAAAACCCAGAAAUAAAGCUGUUUGGAAAAGCUACAUCGAUGAGAAAAAACAAAACGUUCAAGCUAUUAGAAAGAAGCUAGAGGCCCCUAGAGGGAGGACUUCAAUUAAGUCGGAACCUAGCUCUCCUCCCGCAUCAACCGACAGAAAGGCCAAUUCAAGAGCUAAGAGACCGACAGAACUACACACCGAUCACCAAUCAAAAGAUAGUCCGGAACAGCCAGUGUUACGCAAUACUCCUCGAAACUGCUGCACUUCAGCAGCUGGAGCCAAAAAUCAUCCCGAUCAAAGUGCAAGAAACUUAAGAGACAAUUCAGUUCCACGAUCUUGGAAAUUUUCUCAAUUAGAUUCGAAUGGGAAUGAAAAGGAUGCUUCGGAAAAGAUUGGCACAAAAAUCAGACUCCAAUCAGCUCAGCGGUUUCAGUCACCUGUUAAUCAGGUACGUCAAGUGUUUCGUUCUACAAGAGUCAACACGGAGGAGUUAAAAUCCAAGGAGAAAAACUGCUGGACUAAUGAAUUUUUAACAAUGAAGGAGAAGCUGCGAAGAUCCGGAGAAUCAACGUCAUCUUUUGAUGUGGUAGCAUUGCGUCCCAUGGGAAAUUUAGGAGAAAAAGAAAGAAGUGUUAGCAAAGAUGCUGGGUCCAAGUCUGCUAGGAAUGUUGGUGACACGCUGAUGACUGCAGGGAAAAGUGGGACCUUUUCACGCGAUCAUGUAAAAGUCAUGAAACGAGCAACUGAGCUUAUUAAAGAAUCAAGUUCGUCAGGAUUGUCUAAGGUUUAUUCAAACCGAGAUCUUAUCAAGCCCUGGCAGUCAAGAACGCCUUUCCGAAGGAGCCCCAAUCGGAAUAAGAACGACGAUUUUCAGGAUGAUCACGUACACAAGCAGAGAAUUGACCUUGCGCGCUUUAGGGCAAGUCAUAAAAGCCGAAUGAUCUGCUCUGGCAACAAGCCUUGUCUAUCACAUCCGCCAUCAAUAAGUCCAGACCGCAUCGUGGAUGAACAAGAUUACCACGAGCCAAGUCAUCGAAGUAGUUCUUCUGAUUUAAAAACUAGUAAAAAUUGUCCAGAAGCCCGUUCUAAACGUGCUACCAAGUUAUCUGAGUGUUCGAAUCGGACCAUUCGAUCGCCCCGCAGUUCCGAGGUAAGUAAAUCAUCACUAUUGAUCAGCAGUGAUGAGAACAAGGAUUCGACCAAUGAUACUUCGGGACGACAGUCUCUUGACUAUGUCCUUGGAUCUCUGGCAGAGCAGGUGAGGGAGCUUGACGAACGACUGCGUGGUGCCACGAUCUCUUCACCAGCUUCGAGCUCUUCAUCAAUCAUUACUAGCAGAGGACUCUACUUAAAUGGAGAUAAUCAGAGCAAUAACCAGCCCUGCUUGAGGCCGCUUGAUGAGCUUUCCAAGGACCGGAGUAGCCCAUUCUCUUCUGUCGCCUCGUCUCCAGAGAGGCAUUCACAAAAAAUCAGUCAUGGUUCACCAGCUGGAAAUAUUUCAAGAGUUUAUUCAAACGGCAACACUCGACAUCAGCAGGUUGAUUCCGCCUUUAGACAUACAGAAAGGCCAGCAUCAGCGAGGACAUACAUGGAUGAGCUCAAGAAAUUAUUGAGAGAAAUUAGUAGUGAAUCUAAUCAAAUCCCUCUUAGAAAAUUAGAGCUUGCCGCCGUCUCUUCCAUGAUCACGCGAAACGCAGAGCGAGAAAUAGAACUGCACAAUGUACAAGAUAUUGUGAAGACAAGUUCUGACGAUCAGCUAGAUCAUAAGGCAAUGCAUUACAGGUGUUAUGGAAACGGUAACUCAAGGACGCAGGAUGGGAGGGAAAGAGUAGCUUAUCCGGUAUCAGAAAUAGAUUAUAAAGUGAAGGACAGCAGUAAAACUAAUAAAUACGAAAAGAGGAACUUGCGUCAAGAGAAUGGUUUCAUAGCACACGAUAAAGUGAAACGAGUGUUGGAGAAGCGGUUACCGCAGAAUAAAUGGGUUCAACAACAGUCUGCAGAAAAUGUACGCAAAGGAACGCAAGAGAGAUUUCAGAGGACUGCUGAGACUAUGGACUGCGCUCCCAAUCAAGUUUUAGACGAUGGUCAUGCGGUGCUUAGAGAACAUUUAGUGAAGGGAGGAGUUAAAAAUCGCUUACAUUCUCCGGAGAUUAAUGGUAAUGGAAUCGUCAGAAAAGGUGUAGUGAUUCCUGAGAGAGAGUGGAAGACUUGCAACUAUGAAAUUGGAAACGAAACUCCAUUCAGGCAGAGAGAGGAUGGUCAGGAAUUUCCUGCUCAGCAGAUCCAUUCUAAUGGGGAGCUUGACAGAAAUGGAAUUGCGCACAAUGAAGCUGAUCAGCCAUGGAUGCUUCAGCAGGUGGUAGAAAAUUGUAAGCCUGCAGUAAAUAAGGUUUCGGGUGAGGUUGUUCGACCAGGAGGCCCUCGAAGCAAUGGGCAUAUUAAUAGCAUGGGAAAUUCAAUGCGUAGACGACCAGUACAUCAAGUGAAAGAUCAAACUAGGUAUUCAGAACAUUUGAAUGAAAGAGAAAGGCUCAGAUACAGGAAGCCAGGAUCCCCUCAUUUCUAUAAAAGUUGGACGAAAGGAGACUUGGAUUUGGAUGCAGUAGAAGACCAAGUACCCAUUUCUCAGUCAGUCGAUUUCUCAAUUCGGAACAAUGAAAGGCUCUCGUGUAUUGAAACCUCUCACGUUGCAGUUAAGGAUAGGAAUGGCAGCAAGUCAUCUACUCGUAUUGCAGAGGAUUUAUCAAGCAAUGGAAGUCUGGUAUCCAAAAAUCAAAGGUCUAAAUCGGUCCCAAAAUUAAGAAAAUCAUUUGAUCAGAAGCCCGUUCGCGAAGAUGCGGUGCCAAAUGGGAAUUACUCUUUCAAUACCAACUCUGGUUCCGUUCAAGGACUUGUAUCUGCGCCAAACUUGGGUACAUUGAAGAGCCAGGCCCUUGAGAACUUGAGGAAGUCAAAACCAGUGGUAAGGGGUGUGGAUGUCCGCCGGUCUUCCAGUGACCAUCCUAAUGCAGCACAGAUUGGUAGUUUGUCACCUAAAAGAAGAGAUUAUCCAGGUGGAAAGAUCUCUCCAGAAAGGAAUAAAAGAAGAACCACGUCUAUUCCCAAGAGCCGGCAGGUGACAGAGCAAUGGUCGAGUCAAGCAGAGAUGUCAGAAUCGACUUCAAAGACCACUCAGGAUAACUAUUUGCCCGUGGUCAUGGCCAAAGACCCUGAAAGUCGCCUGAAGGUCAUCCAAAGGCGCAAAAAAGCUCUUCAGCUGGACUUGGAACAUCGUCAAAGGAUGCGAAAUUCAAGGCCAGCGUCCUCCCAAAGCACUCUGUGAAAGGAUUACGUGGAGAUCGGGUUCUGUCUUGUUCAGUUCGUUUUGUUAGUCUAGAGUGGUCAUCACCAGGAUUGCAUGCUUUCUUACUCCACUCAGUGUGUCCUAAUCAUGAACCAGCUUGUAUUGUGUUACUGCAAAUCUUUGCUGUCGUAGAACCUUCAAUACAGCCCAGGUGGGUAGUCUAGUACCUGAGGCUUGACACCCGAGCCAGCUUCUUUUGACUUCCAUUACAGGUCUGUUUUUGAAUACCCCACAAGUCGGAUCAAAAAUCUUUGUGCUAUAUGUGUUCGUCAACGGCCGAAAUGCGAGGAUACGAUGUUCUGUUCGUGCUGCAACAAGUGAAUGGUGGAUUUAAUUUCAACUGCUUGAACUACUCUCUUCUCCUGUUGCAUCUUCCUCUUCUUAUUUAAUUAUUGUUUUGUUCCUUAAUUGACUGUUUUUUUCAUAACACCUACAUUUUGAACUAGAUUUGUUAGCCAGUAUUUUUCUUUCAGAUGACCAUUAAUGUAAAUAGGUUAAAUUUUA